ACGCUGAGCCGGCUGCAGAGCCCUGGGGAGCCCCCGCCACCCUAUGAGUUCACCUACUCCCCCUGAAGCCUGCCCAGAGCCAGUUCAGUGCCUCCAUGGGCCACAUCAACCACAUCGGGGGCUCCCUGGACAGGGUCUCUCGGAGCCCCAGGGAGCCCCUGGCCCCCGAGAAGACACCCCUGACCUGCAAAAGCAUGGCCACGCUGAGCCGGCUGCAGAGCCCUGGGGAGCCCCCGCCACCCUAUGAGUUCACCUACUCCCUGGAGGAUGCGGUGAAGCAGCUGGAGGACCGGCUGCAGGAGACGGGGGGAGAGCUGCGACAGCUCAAGAGGAGCCUUAGUGAGACUGAAGACCCCUUCACGCAGGUGUUUGAGGACAAGCAGCGGCUGUGGCUGGACGAGCUGGAGGACCUGAAGCAGAUGUACAUGGCCAGGCUGCAGCAGGUCACGCAGCAGGCCCAGCGCGGCCAGCGGGCGCUGCAGCUGCAGCUCUACAAGGCACAGCAAGAGAAGAAGCGGCUGCAGGAGGAGCUGAGCAUGCAGCAGUGCCAGUGCGAGGAGUCCAAGCUCCGGCAGUCCCAGGGUGAGCGUGUCAGCCCCAAGAUGGAGGAGGCCAAGUGGGAGGUGUGCCAGAAGGCAGCUGAGAUCGCCCUGCUCAAGCAGCAGCUCCGAGACACCCAGGAGGAGAUGGCUCAGAAGCUGGGUGAGAUUUUCAGCCUGAAAACACAGCUGCGGGAGGCCAAGGCUGAGGUACAGGCCCGGGACUCCCAGCUGGCACAACUGGCAGACUCUUUCCAGAGCACCCCAGAGCCCGGUGCCUCGCUGCCGCUGGGCGAUGAUCCCAUGCCGGCUUGCCAGGACUUCCCUGGCUGUGAGACUGAUGACUCCAAGUGCCGGGGCCUCCACAGCGACAGCGCGGAGCCCCUGGAGAGGCAAGUGGAGUGGCUGUGGGCAGAGCUGCUGCGUGAGCGGCGCCAGGGCCAGCUGCAGGCCGUGAACUUUGAGCUGGAGAGGAAAACCUGGCAGGAGGAGAAGGAGAAGGUGCUGCGGUACCAGCGGGAGCUCCAGGCCAGCUACAUGGAGAUGUACCACCGGAGCCAGGCACUGGAGCGAGAGCUGCGGCAGCUGCGGUCAGAGCCCAGGGACAUGGGAGCCGACUCGCCUUGGAUCGAGCGGGUGGAGUCCUCCAAGAUCUGAGCAGCAAGAUGCCUGUGGGACUGUUGAUGGGGGAAGAUCUCUUGCUGCUGCAAUGGGAUGAUCUCAGGGUCUGCGCAAGGACCGGCCACUCAGCACUGCCCUGGGGAGAAGGACUGAUUUGCGACAAGGGAGCUUUUCCUUCUUGCAGCACUUCGGGCCCAUCUAGGGGCAUCUCCAGAGCAGGGGACCUUCGGCGCCAGGAUGGGGGUCUUGCAUGUGCCCUAUGCGCUGACUGCAGGAGCCCUUGCCCUGCGCACCCUUCUGCCGAGGGGUUAGUACCGAGCACCCACUGAGACAUCCCCAGUUCCUCCUGCUCAGCCUCCCUUCUCCCCUACCACCCAGUAACUUCCUGCUAAGGCGAGGCUCGAGCCCUGUCCCCGACGCCACCCGGGCUGCACACCUGCCCCACUGCCUCGCUGAGCUGGGCCUUCAGCUGGUGCUCGCAGU